AUGACCACUGAAAUAUCCGUGGCCGAAAUGCGUGCUGCUCACAAGAGAACCGCCCCUUUUCUUCAUAACACUCCGAUUAUGUCAAGUGAAAAUAUUAAUGAAAAGGUUGGAGUGCCCGUUUUGUUCAAAUGUGAACAUUUACAAAAAACGGGAAGUUUCAAAGUGAGAGGAGCAUUGAAUUCAGCGAUUCUGGCAAAGGAACUAGAGGCGAAGGGAGUGAUCGCCCACUCAUCCGGAAACCAUGGCCAAGCCCUUGCCUGGGCUGCUCAAAAAAUCGGCCUCCCUUGCACAAUCGUAGUACCAGACAAUGCUCCGAUCUCUAAAAUAGAUGGAAUGAAAGAGUACAAUGCAAACCUUGUGUUUUGUGAGUCAACACUUACUAGCAGAGAAUCAGUAUGUGCAGAACAAGCUGAAAAGUUGGAGUACUAUUUUGUAAACCCCUAUGAUUGUGUAUCCAUGAUUAAUGGGCAUGCAUCUAUUGCAUUUGAGAUUCUGGAACAAGCUGAGGAUGACAUUGACUCAAUUUUUCUAUCCGUUGGAGGUGGAGGAUUUGCAUCGUCCGUAGCCUUUUUGAUAGGAAAUUUGAGACCGGAUAUUGAAGUAUUCCUCGUGGAACCGGAAGACAAACAACUCUCAAACCUUCUGGCUAACAACGUGCCUUGUCCAGUGGACACGUUGAAUACCAUGGCGGAUGGUGUAAGGGUGGCACAUGUUGGAACACUCUGUGAGCCAAUUUUGAGAAAGUUUUGUACUGGAAAAGUGAUUAGUGUGAAGGAAGAGGAGAUAAAAUACGCGUUGAAAUUGGUGUGGACUAGAUUGAAGCAACGAAUCGAACCGAGUGCUGCAUUGGCAUUCGCUGGAGUGCUUUAUCAUAAACCUGAACAUGUCAAGCGCCCACUCGUGAUUCUAUGUGGAGGGAAUGUGGACACUAGUUAUGUUAUUGAUUGA